AUGAUGCAAGCAGUCCUUGAAAGCGCGGAGCGUGCGGAGAAGCAUGUUCUCAAUUUCAAGGGCGCGACCAAGGGUCAUCAAGUGCUCAACCGCAAUAGGACGCGCGACCAUUUGACACCGAUGAACGACUACUUUGCCCCGGAUGCACUCUUCGCUGACCAUUUUCGCCGGCGUUUUCAGAUGUGCAAGACUGUCUUCGAUCGUUUGUACCAUGGUGUCCGGUCCUAUGAUGACUAUUUCAUCUUAAAGAAGGACGCCAUGGUAACGAUUGAGUUCUCUGGUUGCCAGAAGUGCACGGCCGUACUCUGGAUGCUUGCAUACAGCACGGCCACUGAUUCAUGGGAUGAUUACAUACGGAUGUCUUAG